AUGGCGCUCAAAUCUGGUGUAUUCGCUUGCCUCAUCCUUGCAUUGUGCGUGAGCUGCAACAACGUCAUGGCAGAGGAGAACUCCGGCAAGGAGACUGAGAAGGGCGGCAUCAUCAUCGGCCGCGGCCUCCCGAUUGAGACUGAGAAGAGUGGAGUGCCCUUCCUCCCUCGGUCGGAGAACCUCGAGGACCCUCUCCAGGAAGAUGGUCGAGAGGUGACCAGACAGGAACAUCGCUGGCAGAAGCAGAAGCAGAAGAGUCUGGCAGAGGUGCGUCGAACCUCGGGAAAGCGCAAAGCCUUCAAAGCCACCGCAAGGGUAUGGCACCCACCGGGGCAAGCGAGGCCCGACUUGGCCGGCGCCGAGCUACUUCCGCCAAAGCGGCCUGCCUCGGCGCCGGCCAAGAGCCGGAGCCAGGGCUCCCGAGGAUCGCCGGCGAAUCGCCUCAAGUCCAGAGGCUCCGGCACCAGCUUGGGUACCGUUAGUUCCCCAGUUGGGCUGAGCCCUUUGAGCGAGAAUCGUCGGUCCUUCUCUUCGAGCCGACAGUUCUCCAUGAGUCGUCAGAUCUCAACUGGCGGCACUCCUCACGCGCGACAAAUCCCCGCCUUUGCCGAUGAUGGACGGCCCAUGGCGGUCUUCGGGCGGACCAACCAGGGCUUUGUGAUGCUGUCAUACCCUGCACCUCUCUCACCACUCUAUACACAGGUUAGUGAGAUUGGAUGUUCAUAGCGGCAGUCGAACUUGGGGACGUCUGGGAUGAAAAUGGG